GGGCCACUCGGUGUUAAACUACGUUACUUUAGACCAUAUAUAAUCAAUGGCUAUCCAUUGCGCUAAAUGGGUUUAUGCAAUUGAGUCCCCACCUAACAUCAUUCCCAAGAGCUUGUCCCUUCAACCCCGCUCCACCUCUCCCCACCUUCCCUAACAAAUCUUCCACAUUCAACCGCAUAUACGCCACAGCUACCGGUGGUACGGGUUUGGAUUUCAGUGAAGACUGUCUGGCACUCAAUAUAUGGACCAAGUCCAUAUCGCCAAAAGAGCUCAAACCAGUCUUGUUUUUCAUCCACGGCGGGAGAUUCGUAUCCGGCAGUACCAACAACACAUUGUAUGACGGAAAAUAUCUUGCUGCCACUGGUGAUGUCGUUGUUGUGACUAUUGACUACCGACUUCUGGUAUUUGGAUUCCCAGGUUCCCCAUUAUUACCCAGCGCCAACCUAGCAAUCUUAGAUCAACGGCUCGCCCUCGAAUGGGUCAAAGAAAAUGUUGCAUCAUUCGGAGGAGAUCCAUCCAGAAUCCUCAUGUACGGACAAUCAGUUGGUGGACUAUCUAUUCACUACCAUGCAUUUGCCUGGCCAGAUGAUCCAAUUGCUUCUUCAUUCAUGUCUAUAUCCGGAACUAUAAAUGACGAACCUAAUAGUCCGGAAUUGAGCAAGUCAUAUUGGGAUCAGCUCUCUGUCCUAGUCGGAUGCGAUAGUGAUGUCGAAAGAGACGUUGUAAGCUGCAUGCAGGAGGUACCAUACCAAGUCAUCUUGGCCGCCAUCAAAAAGUUACCUCUCACGCCGACAGAAUUCUUACCACGAACACAAUUUGUACCGACAAUUGACGAGAAAAUUGUCUUUUCAGAUUAUGCUACCAGAGCCGAUGCUGGAGGAUUUGCUAAAUUGCCAUACUUAGUAGGCAAUGCGAAUCACGAAUCAGGCUUCUACGCUAUUUCCGCCUUCGCCCAAAAGAUCACUUUCAACCACUCCCAGUGGGAUCUCUUCAACCUCAAAACAUUUACCUGUUCUGCGACACAAUCUGCCCUCUUCCGCUUGAAACACAACGUCACUGUUUAUUUAUAUAGAUAUUUCGGAGAUUUCGAUAACACGCGCCUUUAUCCAACAAGUGGUGCGUAUCAUUUGAGUGAUUUGAAUAUGUGGCACGGUGUGGGCAGGGAUGUAAGUGGUAUUCCGAAUACGAGAGAUGAAGAAUGGUUAAGCAGGGAGAUGGUGAGGAGUUUAAUUACAUUCGCGAAAGAUCCUGUUGGUGGACUUGAAAAUUUGGGGUGGAUGAGGUAUGAAGGUGUAGGAAGUGUAACUCUGAAUAUCCUCGGACAAGACAAUCGUCGCGAGGUAUCUCUUGUGGAAUCAGGAGAGUAUGAUGCUCAAUGUGCAUAAUAGGAUUCGGCACAAUCCAGAUGUUGAUUCAUACGCCAAUAUUUCAUUGAUGA